AUGGCGACCAUGUUGAUGAAGCUGGAACGUAUUCCGAAGUAUUUGGAGCAGAAGAUAUAUAUCUGUAAGGGAACUAUGCCUCUGGGACUUUCAAUCGAAGCCACGCCUACCAGCCACGGUUGCGUCAUCAAGAACAUCAGCAACGGUGCCGUUUUAAGAGACGGUCGCCUGUCAAUCAAUGACGUCAUCUGUGACGUCAACAACGAGACCUUAAGAGGGGUCAGCAACUUCCAGGCCAAGUCGAUCUUGAGGAGGGCCGCACUCGUCGGAGAUGUCAUCAGCUUGACGUCCAUACCAUCUUCAAAAUUGUUACCCUACAUGAAGAAAUUAAACAUCGAUAAGAGUGAUGAUGGCGUCUAUGAUGACGUUAAAACUGAAACGAUAGAUGCCUGUUCACUGCAAUGUAGGAAGGAGAUGCACUUGAGGGACAUCAAACUCGUCGAGAUGAAGGCGAGUGAAAAUCCUAAAUUGAGGUAUAAAAUUAUAAAAGUUGUCGUCAACAAAAACAACAAAUCAACAUGCAACUAUUGCGGAAUGCUUCAGCCUGGUAACAUUGCAACACCAGAAACGAGCAACACAACCAGCCACCCAACAAACAACACAACAAACUGCACGACAAACAACACAACAAACAACAUCGACAUUUCAAUGUCUAAAUCAUUUUUACUUGUCAAUAAUGAACAUUCAACAAAUGGACAAUCUUUGAUCAAAUCUCGUUCGCUCAACUUUACUGACAACAACUACAAAAAGAACCUCGAAUCACCCGUGAACGAAAAUCUUUUUAAUAAAAAACUUGGACUGCAACUGGCUGGGAAUCGUUUUUCAAGUGGAGUUUUUGUUGAGAAAAUUCUACCCAAUGGCAUUGCACAUUUAAAUGGAGGCUUUCAAGUUCGGGAUCAAAUCAUACAGGUAAAGAACCAAUCGCUGAUGACAACCAAUCACCUCAGCUCAACACCGAUCAUUGCGUCACUUGUCAAUCAAUCUACAGAUCACGUGACUUUCUACUUGCUGAGAUUGGAAAGCAUGGACGUUGAUGUAAAUGAAAAUGACAACAAUAACAAUAACAACAACAGCAACAACAACAACAACAAAAACAACAACAACAGCUAUUCUAACGAAAAGACACAAACGGACGAUAACCAUAUUGACAUUAACGUUGACAGUAGGAGUAACAAUGUCAGAAAUAUCAUAAAUGGCGUCGAAUAUGUUAAUUACUCAAAAACAAAAAAUCAAAAACAACGACAAUUUCAAAAACAACAACAACUCGAGCAAAAUCAGUGCCUUACCGUUGCGACAACAACGACAACCAUCAUAUCAUCAAGGUCCUCUGUAGUAACGUCUGCAACUACAACUUCAGCUACAUCGUUGUCGUCAUCAAAAAUUUUCCCACAACAAACUACAUCUGCGACAACCAAUCCUCAUUCUACAUCUAAUCGCGACGACAUAAAAAACGCGAACAAAUUUUACAACAACAACAACACAAAAUCUCCCAACAACAUCACAAACAAUAGCAGCAACAUCAAUAACAACAACAACCACAACAACUUUGACGACGACAGCAACGUUUCAACGACAAUUCAUCAAAUUGAAUACGACAAACCAACGUGGAUUACAGUUGACAAGAAGGACCUCUGCCUUGGAGUCGAAGUGGUCGGUGGUGUGACGACGCUUCUGAGGUACCUGUACAUACACGAUAUCUUCAGGGGUGGGGCUGUCCAUAGGGACGCCAGGUUGAAGAUCGGGGAUAAAAUAUUGCAGAUCAACGACAAAUGCUUGCGACAUGCGACAGACGACUACGCCAACGACAUGCUUCGAAGACAAACGACCUCCUCCGUAAGUUUUCAGGUAGUUCGCGAGUCCAGACCUAUCUCGGAGAGAGAUGCCUAUGAUAUUAUUCAGGCCUCCAUCAGCAAAAAGUCCAGUCGUGGUUUCGGUUUCUGUUUCGUUGUAAGAGGGAAGAAUGAAGGGGUCUUUGUAUCUGACAUUAUAAGGGGUACAUCAUCAGACGCCGAAAGCAUCAUGUUACCAGGCGACCAAAUUUUGAGAGCGAAUGACGUCGACAUGAGAUCUGUGACGCACCACGAAGCUUCCAUCAUCUUCAAAACCGCUCUAAAGCAACUGAACUUGACAUUUGCCAGGGUCAAAUCGGCUUCAAGGUCAUCCGAUGACGAUGACGAUGAUGAAGAUGAUGAAGAGAGAAAAUUAGGCGAAGUGAACAUGGUGAGAUGUGUCCUCAUACUAGCAAUGAUAACAAAUCAAAAUGGAACAAUUGAAGAAAUGCAAUGCCAGUACAGAUUUGGAGAUGAAGCUAUUGAUUCAGAAUUCGAUUGGAAGACUUUGAUUGCAGUGCUAUAUUUAUAUUCAACGUUUGACCGUUAG